AUGAGAUCUUCAUCAACUACUUCCUCAAACAAUAACAAUAAUAAUAAUAAUAAUAACACUUCUACUACAUCAACAACGACAACGACUACAACAACAACUACUACAAACACAACAGAUAAAAAGAGAAAAGAAUCAGACAAGGUAGAAGAUGAUCAACAACAACACUUAUCUUCAUCAAGUCAAGAUGAUGAAGAUAUUGAUAUAAAUAGUGAUGAUGAUGAUGAAGAUGAAGAAUCAAUACCAUGGUUUAUAGAGAAAAGAAAGAAUACAAAAAUGAAAAAGUUUAGAGUACUACCAAUGACAGAUUUAGAGGCUUCUUUGAAAUCAAUGACAUUAAAUACAACCAAUCUUGAUUCACUCUUUAAACAUUACUUUAAAGAAAAGAAUCUAUCCAUUGAAGAGUUUAUAUCUCAUCAUUUUCCAUCAACACCAUCUAUUAAAUGUUCAAAUUAUUUAUCAGGAAGAUAUUACUUUAUAUGUUUAACAUGUUCAAAAAGUAAAGAAAGAACAAAUAUUUGUGUAGAAUGUUUUUUAAAAGGAAAUCAUGUAAUUGAUAAACAUGAAUAUUCAUUGGCUUAUACACCUGGUGGAUCAUGUUUAUGUGAUUGUGGAAAUCCUGAUGCAUUAAAAUCAAGUGGGUUCUGUUCGGAUCAUAGACAUGCCGACAACUAUCAAUACAAACAACAUUAUGUAGAUGCAAUACCUGAACAUUUGGUUGAAGCAUUCACAACAUUUCUAUCUGCAAUCAUACAACGGUUGACAGAUUUGGGGUCGAAUCAAAAACGAUACAAAUUAAAUGAACUUGAAAUUGUAGAUAUUAUUACAUUUCUUGGGAAAUGUACAAUGCGAUCACCUUUAUUUGCUCAAAUCAUAGCUCAAGAAUUUACACUUGAAACUUUUAAACUUGACAAUCAAGAACAUCAACAAUUAAAAGACAACUCUUCUUCUUCUUCAUCUUCUUCUUCAUCAUCAAUUAAAAAAGGAAAGAAAAAAGUAAAAGUGGUUAGUACACCUUUGGAGACAUUAUUUCAGUCACAUCCAAGUUGUGCAUCAACAUCAUUUUUUUUAUUCUCUUCACUUUGUUAUCAUCACAAGUUGUUUGCCAAGAUAUUCUAUCAACUCUAUCUUGGCAACUUGACACAGCUGAUGCAACCACAAGAGAAAAAGGUAUUCUCAGAGUCUGCCUUUCACUUUCAAAUGUUUUGUCAUCAUCCAUCGUCAAUGAUCAUUCCAUUUGCAACUGGAGCUGCACAACCCAAUCUCUAUGAAGCCAUUGUCGAUUCUACUCUUUACAAUCUACAACAAUUCCAACAAACCUAUGUUCGUGACAAACAACAACCAAAGACGUGUAGAUUUGAAACCAUACUAUUGGUCAAAUCGGUUAAAUUCAAGGAAUGUGCACUCUAUGUUGCGUCGAAUCGUCACAUUAUAGACAAACUAUUACAAUUGGCUGCAUAUACUCAUGAAUUUGUCACUCCUUCUCAACACUAUGACAAUAUUCUAAAGGAAUUAAAAGAAUUGGUUCAAAUUGAAGUUUAUCUAAUCAAUACAUUUAAUAGAAUAUUUAAAACUCUAGUUCAAGAAAGUGAACAAAAUAAUCAACAUUUAGAAUCAAUAGUAGCAUUGGCAAAAUAUAUUAUAGAUAGAUCAUUUGGAUUAUUUAAAACUGUUAAAUAUCCAGAAUGGUGUGAUACAGAUAAUGAUAUUGGUGCAAGAUAUAUUUUCCCACUUUCUAGAAUCAUUGCUACUAUUAUAUUACAAUUACCAGAAAAUAAUAAUCCAAAUAAUCAAAAUAAUAAUAAUAAUAAUAAUCAAAAUAAUAAUAAUAUAAGACAAGAGGUAAUUGAUUAUUAUAUGAAACAAAUAUCAAUAGAAUCAAAAGUAGUACAGGAUGGAUUUGUAAAUAUGACACUUUGUGAUAUUUCAUCAUUUAGAAUAUUCUAUUAUGCUCAUAGUAGUCGACCUCGUAUGAUUGAUGAAGCUCAUAUUAUUGGAUCUCCAACAGACCCUGAUCGAUCCAUCAAAUACUAUACAUCAAAGUCUAUGAUGUUGGACUUUUUCACUACUAGAAUCAUGUUGGGUGCAACUAGUCCACAAUUCUUUUUGGAAACCAUUCUUCAUAAACCAUUCCUUCAAAGUAAUACGAGUCCAGAUAAUCUAAAAUCACUUUUGGAAUUUAUUAUCAAUGUCAUUCAAGAUCAUGCUACCCUCACUCCAACCGAUCAAGAUUUAAAAUAUCAUUUAAUUCAAAUUGCUUCAACUGGUUUUUUUUAUUAUACCGAGAUUAUAAAUUUUAAAUUUAUAUUUAAAAAUAUAGAUUUGGAAAGAAAAAAGAGAUUAAUAGAACAAGUUGUAGUGAAUGUAAAUGAUUUGGAGAUGAAUUUAAAACCAGAAUUGUGGGAUCAAUAUGAUCCAUAUUAUUGGCACUUUGAAUAUUUCUACCGUAUAACAUUACUCGAACGAUCGAGAACCAGACUAUUUGAAUACCAAAAAUCAAAAGGUAUUCCCGAAUCCUAUCCAUGGCUACCACCAAAAUCACAACUCCUCCUUGACUCGUCAUCGUCGACACAUAUUAAAAGUGUCACCUCGUUACUAGAAAACCACUCUUUUUUCAACUUAUUGCAUUUUGUAUUGCUCAAAAUGAUUACACCCGAAUUUGUAAAUAUUACAUCCUCCUCUUUAGACCUCUCACUUCAUUCCAUCCUAUCAAGAGUAUCAUCGUCGUCACUUAUUGCACUUGGUGAUAUUUUCUAUCUAUUUAUUCUUAUACUCAACAAUCAACAAACACGUCAAGAACCACCAAUCCAUUUUAUUCGACUCGAAACCAUUGAAUACCAAGAUAAAACAGUUCAAAAACAAUCAUUGUUGGAUACUCUGAUUGUAUUUUGGAAAACUAAAAAUCAAGAUCGUAAUCCACUUUUGGUUCAUAUCUUUACAAGUCUAUCAAACUAUUCAGAGGAUUUGGAUCGAUAUAUUAAAUCAAAUGGUAUUAAUCUUCAAGAUGAUGGUUCACAAGAAGAUGAAAAGGAAAAAGAAUCUAGAAAGAAAUUAUUACAACAAAAAAGAGAUGAAAUUAUGAAACAAAUGAAAGAAAAACAAAAUCUUUUUUUAAAACAACAAGAAAUAAUAGAUAAAGAAAAUGAUGAUGAAAAUGAAGAAACAACAGAUAAUAAUAAUAAUAAUAACGAUGAUGAUAUGGAUAAUUUUGAUACUUCAUCAUGUUGUAUAAUAUGUAGAGAUAAAACAAAUACUCAACCACUUUAUAUGAUGGCAAAUGUAACACAUUGUUCAUUGGCAAGAAAUCAAAAACUAUCAUCAAUCAAAAAGAUUAAAAAAAGAUUAAUAGAGAAAUCAAAUUUGGUUUCAAUAUUGAAUAAUCUACAAAAUGAACAGUAUCGAGAAGAUCAAGAUAAUGAAGAUGAUGAUGAUGAAGAUGUCAUGGCAAAUAUACUAUACAACAAACAAAUGAUUAGCAAGAGUAUGUUGGAACAAUUUCCAUCGUUGGUCAAGUUUUUUGUUAGUUGUUACGAAUUGCCAAGUUACAUUAUUUCUUGUAGACAUGUUACACAUCGAUCAUGUAUCCUUUCAAGUACACGUGAAUUGGACUAUAGUUACAGUUGCCCGCUAUGCUCUAGUUCAUCCAAUAUUCUCAUCCCCAAGAAUGUACCAUCUCUCAACAUUGAAGAAGUUUCUCAAUUCUUUUUAUCAUUUCAACUCGAUCCACACGACCUCCAAAACAACAGUGUCUUUGAAAGACACCUCUGGGGAAUGGUCUUUAACAACUAUGAUGUCUUUGAAAUGAAGACACGAAAGAUCAAAUACUGUGCCACACCCGAACAAUUGGCAUUGGAUCCCUCUGGAUACUACCCUCUCACAGACUUGGAAUUCAAGAAUGAGUUGGCUACUCUAAGAUCACUGUUUCGAACUAUCAUGAUCUGCGAAGUACCACCCUUUCCCGAAGACUCUAUUCCCAUCCCUCCAGCGUUCUUUUUCCACAUUGACCCUAUCUUUUUAUGUACUUAUUUGGUUUAUCUCCGUCGAAUGACACCUGACCAAGCAAUGGUCACAUCUCUCCAAUACUAUCUAUUUAAUUUCAUCGUCUUGGAAUCGCUGUGCACAGAGUUACCACAAACCAAAAGACACUAUGAUCCAAACAACCCAGGCCAAUUAUACUCUCGUAUUAAAUCAGUAUACAACGAUCUCGACAAUAACCCAAGACUAUUUGAAUACACAUUCCCAGUGAUUCGAAAAAUCUUUCUCUACAACUAUCUCACCAGUCAAAUGAAAAACACCAAUGACUCUAGUAACCAAUUUACCCAAACCGAAUUCCAAAACUAUGAUUUCAUCGUAUCAAAUAUUACCAACAUUCCAAAUAUCAAAUCAUCCAAAUCAAUCCUCGAUCCAAAAACAUUUGAUACCAUCCUCAAUCAUGCAUUCUCUUUAAACUUUUUAAAAAAACCAAACUUUACUUUCUUUCUUCCUUCAUCUAUUAAUCAUAUUCCAAAAUUUAUUAAAUUACAUAAUAUUUAUUUUGAUUUUGUUAAAAAGAGUAUACCAUUAAAUUCAAAAUCAUUAAAGGAUUAUAUAUGUUUGGGAUGUGCAAAAAUUAAAAAUCAAAAGUGUCUAAGUUGUGGAGCUUUACUUUGUUCUGAACAUUGUAUUUCUUCUUUUCUUUCUCAUCCAAAAUAUUGUAAAUCUGGAAUUCAUCAAGUAUUUUAUUUUAUUGAAAUAUCAAAUGGAUUGGUAAAGAUUGUUGAUAUUGACAAAUCAUCAAUUAUAUUCAACAAUGAUUAUAAAUCAAUUUACCUAAACCAAAGAAAAGAACCAACUACCAUGGUCAACCAACAAUUAUCCCUCUCUCCAUCGCUUUUACAAUCGCUUUAUAAAUCUUGGAUUCAAAUGAAAUCAACCAAUACUUUUCAAUCUCUUGAUUUAUUCUAA